GGCGCCGCUGGGCUGAGGCGCCGCUGGGCCGAGGCGCGGGCCGGAGCGGCGCGGCGCGGCCAUGAGCGGCGCAGGCGGCGGGGGCCCAGAGGCGGGCGCGGAGGCCGGGCCGGCGGCGCUGCGCGCGGACGUGGCGGGGCUGCUGGCGCAGCUGGCGCGCAGCCUGGCGCUGCUGCUGCCCGUGUACGCGCUGGGCUACCUGGGCCUGAGCUUCAGCUGGCUGCUGCUGGCCCUCGGGCUGCUCGCCUGCUGCCGCCGCCGCCAGAGCCUCCGCGCCUCCCGCCUGGGCCGCGCGCUCGCGCUGCUGGACGCUCCGGAGCCGGACGCCGCGGCCGCCACCCCGGGGCUGCGCGCCUGCGACCUGCCGGCCUGGGUUCACUUUCCAGACACGGAAAGGGCAGAGUGGCUAAAUAAGACCGUGAAGCACAUGUGGCCCUUCAUUUGCCAGUUCAUAGAGAAGCUGUUCCGAGAGACCAUCGAGCCUGCCGUCCGGGGUGCAAACGCCUACCUCAACACCUUCAGCUUCACCAAGGUGGACGUGGGCCAGCAGCCCCUUAGGAUCAAUGGUGUCAAGGUCUAUACUGAAAACGUGGACAAAAGACAAAUUAUUUUGGACCUUCAGAUUAGCUUUGUAGGAAACUGUGAGAUCGACUUGGAGAUAAAGCGGUAUUUCUGCAGAGCUGGUGUGCAGAGCAUCCAGAUCCAUGGAACUAUGCGGGUGAUCCUGGAGCCGCUGAUCGGAGACAUGCCUUUGGUGGGGGCUCUGUCCAUCUUCUUCCUCAGGAAGCCUCUUUUAGAAAUUAACUGGACAGGACUGACCAACCUUCUCGACAUCCCUGGGCUGAAUGGCCUGUCAGAUUCCAUCAUCCUGGACAUCAUAUCGAACUACCUGGUGCUUCCCAACCGAGUCACGGUCCCUCUGGUCAGCGAGGUCCAGAUAGCCCAGCUGCGCUUUCCUGUGCCAAAGGGAGUUCUGAGGAUCCAUUUUCUUGAAGCUCAGGACCUUCAGGGUAAAGACACUUACCUUAAGGGCCUUGUCAAGGGAAAGUCAGACCCCUAUGGAGUCAUUCGAGUUGGCAACCAAAUCUUCCAAAGCAAGGUCAUCAAAGAGAACCUUUGUCCAAAGUGGAACGAGGUGCAUGAGGCUUUAGUCUACGAGCACCCCGGGCAGGAGCUGGAGAUCGAGCUUUUCGACGAAGACCCGGACAAGGAUGACUUUCUUGGGAGUCUUAUGAUUGAUCUCACUGAAGUUGAAAAGGAGCGCCUCUUGGAUGAAUGGUUCACCCUGGACGAGGUUCCCCGAGGGAAGCUGCACCUGAAGCUGGAGUGGCUGACCCUGGUGCCUCACGCCGCCCACCUGGACCAGGUGCUGAUGGACAUCAGAGCUGACAAGGACCAGGCUAAUGAUGGUCUCUCCUCCUCCCUCCUGAUUCUGUAUCUGGAUUCAGCGCGGAACCUUCCGAGUAUCUUCGAGGGAAGCUUUGGGUGUGGCUACUUAAAAGAGAGGCGAGCGUCGGGACUAGUGUUUUGUGAGAACACUGCCUCAGUCUGUAGAGCACUAUUUUCGGGGAAGAAAAUAAGCAGCAACCCAAACCCUCAGGUCCAGAUGUCCGUCGGGCACAAGGCUCAGGAGAGCAAGAUCCGGUACAAGACUAACGAGCCUGUGUGGGAGGAGCACUUCACCUUCUUCAUCCACAACCCCAAGCGCCAGGACCUCGAGGUGGAGGUCAGAGACGAACAGCACCAGUGCUCCCUGGGCAGCCUGACGGUCCCACUCAGCCAGCUGCUGUCCAGCGAGGACAUGACCCUCAGCCAGCGUUUCCAGCUCAGCAACUCGGGCCCCAACAGCUCCCUGAAGAUGAAGCUGGCCCUCAAGGUCCUCCACCUGGAGAAGCCAGAGAGGACCCCAGACCACCAGCACUCGGCUCAAGUGAAGCGGCCCUCCAUCCCCAAAGAGGGCAGGAGAGUCUCUGUUCGCUCCCAGACAGCUGCGUCCCCUGGUGUGACCAGCAGCAGCACAGCCCCAUCCACACCUGUCCCCGGGGGAGGCCAGAGGCCAGGCCUGGACGAGGGGGCCCCGCCCACAGAGCCCAGCCCCCAGGGGCCUCAGGACCUGGGCAGGAGCUCCUCCAGCCUGCAGGUCAGCUCUGCCACCUACUCUCCCAGCCACCCAUCCCUCAAGGAGCCCACGCCAAGCAUCGCCUCCGACAUCUCACUGCCCAUCGCCACGCAGGAGUUACGGCAGAGGCUGCGGCAGCUGGAGAACGGGACGACCCUGGGCCAGUCCCCUCUGGGCCAGAUCCAACUGACCAUCCGGCACAGCUCACAGAGGAACAAGCUGGUGGUGGUGGUGCACGCCUGCAGGAAUCUGAUUGCUUUCUCGGAAGACGGCUCGGAUCCCUAUGUCCGCAUGUACCUGCUUCCAGACAAGAGGAGGUCGGGGAGGAGGAAGACACAUGUGUCCAAGAAGAACCUGAACCCCGUGUUUGAUCAGAGCUUUGACUUCAGCGUCUCCUUGCCUGAGGUGCAGAGAAGAACCCUGGAUGUGGCUGUGAAGAACAGCGGCGGCUUCCUGUCCAAAGACAAAGGCCUCCUGGGCAAAGUGUUAGUCACCCUGGCCUCAGAAGAACUUGCCAAAGGCUGGACCCAGUGGUAUGACCUGACUGAAGACGGGACCCGGCCACAGGUGGUGACAUAACUGCCCUGGCGUGGAGAGCCCGGGACACUCCUCAGACACCCACUAUUUUUAUACCUUCUGUGCUGAGUUAUAAUAGCCAAAUAGUUUUAUAAACAUGGGGCUUUGGGGCGGUUUGGGCCAAUAUUGUCAUUAAAUUUUGUAUGUUAAAGUUGCUCCAGUAUUUCACCACUUCCUGCUGACUGGACAGCAGGGUGGCAGUGAGCGGCUGGGCUGGAGCUCCUUCUGUGCAGAAGCCGCCACUGUGCGUUCUGUUAUUGCCUUGUUUGUAAAUCACUGAGGUACACUCUGCCUUGUAAAUAGACUCUAUUUUUUAUAAUCUCUAUGCUGAUCUGAAUUCAGAAGAAAAUGAAUCGAGAAAUAUAUAUAUGUUUAUUUUCUUCUAAAGCUUAUUAAGUUCAUAUCAGACAGUUCUGUCUUUGCAGAAUAAUGUCCUGUGACCUAUUUGGUAGUGUUUCUUUUAAAAAGAAAAAGGCUAAAAGUAUAUUGCAGUCCAUACUGAAACAAAACAUUUGACGAAUGAUCUCAUAAAGUUAUCCUGCUGCGAAGUGCUCGUGAGGGGAAACACUGGGGUCCUCUAGAGUAGUCUGCACUGUCCAGAGGCUUGUCAAGGCUCCGACUACGGAGUGGACUAAUGUGGGAUUUCCUACAUGAAGUGAAAUGUCUUAACUUUUAGUUGCUUGUCAGGACUGUUCGUGAAGUAGUGCACGGAUACACGGUAAGACUCUUCCUGGGGCCGGUGCAGGCAACCUGCCAUGUCAGCCCCUAGGCUGAGGGACAGUGGUCACUGCUCGAUUCUUCUCAGUCCGCUGUGGACAGCAGGCUCAUGCCGUCUUCAGGACCAGGAGCCAGACUAGGAGAGCUGGCAGGUGACUUUAGCCAGUGGCCUGUUCAGCACUGUGAGUGUGACCGCAGCACAGGGUAGGUGGCCAGGCUGGCCCUCACCUCUCUGCCUGUCUACACAGGCCCCAGACAUCCAAAGGGCCAGCAUGGCCAGCGAGCAGCAUUUCCUGGGCCUCUCACAUCACGCCUCCACUGUCCUCUGUGUGGGGCUGUUGUUACACAGUUCAUAUCUCACAGUAGUCUUUAUUUUAGGUUUAUGGAAGCAUGUUUAUACACACAGGAUUCCCAGACCUCUUGGCAGCGGGGCUGCAGGGCUGUGCCUGCUCAUAAAGCAGGUGCAUGGGUGUAGAUGUUUUCUGUGUUCUGGGUGGCAGGGUCCAGGGGCCUCCUGAAGUCAUGGAACAUUCUAGAAUGGGUACAGCAGGCCUUCUGUGUGCUGAGCAGUGUGCUGCAGGUGACUUCCGUGGCCUUCAAGACAUCCUGCGGAUUCCCUCCUGGACCCUGGGCCUCCAGCUUGUGUGGCCAGUGGACCGAAGUGCCUACCGUGGGCGCACACCUCCUGCCUGCAUGCCCCUGCCUCCAGCCACACGCAGUCCACACUCGGAGCCCGGUUCGCCAGUGGCGGCGUCUGCAGCUCACCACACGCUCCGCUCGGCAGAGCCCAGUUUGACCUUCCUGCGUCCUGCUUGGGAAGCGGCCUCGGUGCCACUGUUCCUGCAGGAGGAGAGUUCUACACCCCUGGGCUUGUGUACACAAGGCCUCGCUGGACCCUGGCGGUGAGGGGGUAGUGGGUGGUCACUUGCUGAGUCCCGUGCCUGCCCUUGAUGUCUGCUGAGGGACGUCUGCCAUCACCCCUAGACCAAGUGAUUGGCGGCAAAUUCCUAGACACGUGUUUUCAGCCCAUCCUGAACCUGUUGGUACAUGUCACUGGACUGAAUGCUUUAAACGGUCAGCAGAGUCCAUACAAUGGAAGCUACAAUACCCAAAGAAAACCACUGAGCAGCCCACACUGCUCCUGGUGGGUGCCAGCGGGCUGGAGGGAGAGGCCUGGCUCCCAGCUGUCCUCACAGGAGACACCUCACAUCCUAGGUGCCCUCCAAGGCCUGGCACCCCAGCCUGACCAUAGGGAACACCGAUUUCCAGCUCUUGGUUAUGCUUCACAAGGAAAGGGGGCUCCACCUUGCCAACAUCCAAGAAACCGGCUGUGUGAUAGGAUUGGGGUUGUCUGUACACAUAGUUGUUGGUUUGUCCUGUGCCUUAAAGUCUGAGAGGGAGUGGGGAGGAAGAUAGGAAGGAAGGACAGACAGACAGAGCUGCUGACUUCAGGUCCCAGACUCAGAUGGAAGCAGCCUCUGCCCUCUGUGCACCAGGAUGCAGCUCUGUGGUUGCGUCCUGCGGGGCUCCUCCUCCUGCCAGCCACAGGGUGACCCUUCCGGAGCCCUCGGCCGCACACAGAGUGGGUGACGCUGUGGGACUGGAUCCCGCCGGCCACCACUGCACAUGGAGAAGCAGCGGGUCUUCCAGAAUGUCCUUCAUGUUCUGCUCAUUCUACACAACAGUGCAUGUAUUUAUUCAAUAAAGCUUUUAUGUCAGCUCA